GGGGAAGUGGGCCGAGCCGCCAGGAGGAGGAGGAAGAUCCCGUCCGGCCUCCUUCUCCGACUCCGAAGACUCUCGGGAAACUUUUCUACCGACCUCCUUCCAUGUUUCGGUGAAAACGGUCCGCGGUUCGUCCACGCAGCGAGGCCGCCAGGUCGCAGCGAGCCGCGGGGAGGACCGACGGCGGCAUGUCGGAGGGAACCGGAGCCGCCUGGACGUGAGCGGUCGGCGGGGAGAAACCUCCGAGGAGCCCCGCUGCUGAGGAGGAUGGAGGACGAGAAAGAGACGUCUGAGGAGAAUGAGGAAGAAGAGGAGCUCCAUCAUCAUCACAUGGCGGCGUCCUCCAUGGACCAGCAGGACCUUCCCAUCAUGCACUGGGAGGACCUGAGCCAGCGGAUCGCUGAGCUGGAGAAACAGGAGCAGGAGAGGACAAAGAGGGCGACAGGGGUGACGAUGGAGGACGAGGAGGAAGACUUCAGGAGGUGUCGAGUCGCCGUCGUUACGUCACGGUUUCCCAGCCACAGAAACCUUCAGCUGUGUUUCAUCAACGACAGCGACAGCGACGAGGACGACGAAGGACACGAAAAGACGGUUGCCGUGGGAACGAGACACAACGGUUGCCAUGCCGCCGGGCUGAAACAGGAAGUGGCCACAGCUCUGAGGACGCUGAGAGACGAGCUGCUGGCCGAGCAGAAGGAGCAGGAGCAUCUGGCCGGCAGCAGCUGCAUCUUCCAGAGGAAACAUCUGGAGCAUUGGGAGCUGCAGCAGCGUUCGGUUCAACAGCUCUGCAGCCUGAAAGCUUCGCUCCAACGCGACGUUCAUGCUCUGAGCUCGGAGCUGGUGGCCCACCUGCUGGUCCGAGACCAGCUGAGGACAAAGCAGGACGCCAUGCUGCUGGACGUCCAGGACCUGACCUAACCAAAGGUUCACCACUGGGACCAGAUCAGGACCAGAUCAGGACCAGAUCAGGACUCGUUCAGUCCGUCGAGUUAGAAUUCAGGAAACAUGUUACUGCAACGUCUCCGUUGCAGGUUUAUCUAAAUUUAUUCUCUGGGACCCAAAGCUAAGUUCUGCAGAAAUAUUUUGGCUGCAUUCUGAGAAUUUAUUCCAUUUUCAGACUUACCUAGGAGAGUCAUUUAAGGGUUCAAUAUCUCCAGAAGUUUAACCUCCAUGGUCAUGAAGUUUGGUGAAGACUCAGACAGAAUAGAUUCCAGUAGAUCUAAAAUAUUCAGUGACUCCAGGAGAGGACAAAUGGUUAAUUGUUGGCUUUUGAAAAUGGAAGUAAGUGCAAAAUUUUCAACUGUGGCUGGUCUAGUGUCUCCAUAAAGUUCCUGUAAAUGUUUAUCUAUGGAUGGAUCCAUGUUUCUACUAAAAUACAGUCUUUGGUCGACAUUUCAUCAACUGUUGAGGCUCUAACAUCAGUAGAAUCUGAUGGGUGGAAAGACAAGUUUGUGUUAGAUAUUUAGACUAAAUGUUGAUGUGGACUCAUUGGUAGAAAACAGAACUUGGAGUUCAUAGAGGUUUAGAUGUUGGUGUUCAUAGAGGUCUAGAUGUUCACAGAGGUCUAGAUGUUCAUAGAGGUCUAGAUGUUCAUAGAGGUCUAGAUGUUCAUAGAGGUCUAGAUGUUCAUAGAGGUCUAGAUGUUGGUGUUCAUGGAGGUCUAGAAGUUGGUCUUCAUGGAGGUCUAGAUGUUGGUGUUCAUAGAGGUCUAGAUGUUGGUGUUCACAGUGUUAAUGUCUGGUUUCUGUUAUUAGCUGGAGCUGGAUGGAGACAGAACCUGAACUAUUGACACCAAGAGACACCGUCAGAUGGGGACAUUUUAACUUAGUUUUGGGUUCCAGAUAAUAAAUAAGUUAAACUCUGAACUAAACAUCGGACUGAUCCAACUGAAGAAUCAGCAGAAGAUCAGAGACACAACUGGAUGUUCAGGUUUAAAGGAAAAGAGAUUCCAGCGGAUCCUUGAGAAGAAUUCAUGGACAUCAAGCAGGUGGAAGAAGAAGAACAAUCAGCUCUCAGAUCUUUAAUCUGACUCAGGAUCUGGGUUUUCAGGUUCAUGAUCAGCAGGAAAAAGGGUUUCAACAGACAUUUACACACUCUGCAGAGAGGAAGGAAAUGUUUCCACUCGGUUUUGGAUAUUUUUUCGCUCACAGUCACCAUGAACUGUUCGGUUUUCAUACUUUUACAAUCUCCAGCUUUAAUGUCAUUACCUAAAAAUCACAAGUUGGAAAGAAAUCAAACCAGUGGGAUUAGGUUUCUUUGAACGCCAACGAGACGGAAACACAUUUUUAAGAUGUUUAAAAUGAAACCAAAACUUUAAAAUCCGCUACAGGAGAAAUAACAAACUAUGAGGAUUUCAUUGAACGUCUGAGGUCAAAUCAGUGAAUCUGUAGAUUAGAUUUAGUUCAUUAAUUCAUCAGAAAUCCUGUUUCUUUUUUAUCUGACCGACAGACUAAAACCCUGAAAUAAAGAAAAGCAUCAACUCCUCAAACUAAACAGGAAAUCAGUGAAAAAAUGUAUUAAUUUGCGUUGAGAAUCAGCUUGUUUGGAACAAUUCUGCUCCUGUUCAAAGUCUUAGAAACUAAAGCUAGACGUUAAAUAUGUCCUAAAAACAUAAACAAGAGUAGAAAAGUAUAAAAUAGAAAAAUGUCCGUCGUACAGGAAUGUUUAUCAGAAAUAAAGUUUACUUUCAGGAGGCAGGUUGGCCAGAUUUCAGCAUUUAAACUCGACAACAAUCAGUUUUUGAGACAAUCGUCUGAUCGAUGAAUGCUGUUUGAGCAGUUUGAAUUAAUUCCACCUUAAGAUUUUAUAAAUAUUCAUUUGCUUCAUUCUGCAUCUCUUUCACUUGUUUGACGAAGAACUUUGUUUAGAAGUCCAUGAAUCUAAGAGUUAUUUGGUCUAAAAAUACCAGAAAAUGUUUUGUUCACAACCUAAAAUAUCCAGUUCACCGUCAUAAAGGAGGAAAGAAAGCAGAAAAUAUUCACAUUUAAGAAGCUGCAAUAACAGAAUUUAGACUCUUCUUUUGGUUUUACUAUAAAUUCUGCUAAAUCUUUGAAUUAUUGAGUGAUGAACACAAAAAAGCUCAAUUGAAGACGUGUUAAUACAUUUUAAUCCGCUAUCUUUUUUUUAAAUCAUCAAAAUGAUCAUUUAUCAUCCAGAAACAAAAAGAAUCUUCAGAUUUCCAACGGCCCUUGAACACAUCAUAGGGUUCCAUUGGGGAAAGAUUUUAAAAAUUUGCCAAAAAUAAACCAUUUUACCAACACAGGUUCCGUGAAAAACAAAAAAUUUGGGGAUUCUUGACGCAACUGAGAAGCAGUGACUGACUCGGCUGAGGCUGACGGUAACGUGAGAAAAAUUCUGAACGUUUAGACGUUUUUUUUUCCGUAAAAAAGUUCUCAAAUUAAUUAAUGAGUUAAUAAGUUAAUUUCAGACGUUUAACCUCCACCGUCUGGAGAAGCAGAAGAGCUCAGAGUUUCUGGUGUUUAUGACUGAUUAGGUUCUUUAUUUGCUCCAGAUUCAGGCGUAAAUAUUUCACACGACGGCAGAAAUGUUUUCAGGAAUUGUUCAACCAGGUUGAACCAGAGGAAGGCGGAUUUAAUGAAGAUCUAAUGAACUAAAAGGGAUUCAGCUGUUCGGACUCUUAACUUAUCUAAUUUAAGUUUUAUUGUUUAUUUUGCUUUAUUAUUUUGCUUAUUGUCAAAGGGAACAUUACAAACAGAAAUCUGGAUGUUUUCAUGUUUUAUUUUGAAAAGCUGAAGAGGAAUCUCACCAAAACUCAUUCCUGAAAAGUCGUCUUUCCUCAAAGCUAAACUAAAUUUUUAAAAAAGUGACGUUUGCUUUUUAGUUUAAAAACAGUAACACUGAUUGAGUCAUUUAUAACUUUAUAUUAAUCUAUAACGUCACACAAAUGCAUUAAAACAACAAAGAGUGCUGGUGGCGUUCCUCUUUAGCUCCAGGUCCAGUCAGACGUUCUGAAUGUUUACGUUGAAUUCAAAGGGAAUAAUCACUGAAUGAAGAAGUUUAACCCUCGUGUCGUCCCACGGGUCAAAUCGAUCCGUUUUAAAGUUUGAAAAUGUGAAAAAAAAUUGUCUUAGUGAAACUUCUGAUGUCCACAUUUUCAACAUUUUUGGGAAAUUUUUUAACAUUUUUUGGUGAAAAAAAAUGUUAAAAAAAUGUUUCUUUAAGGACAUUCACAAAAAAAUCAAUCAAAAUCCAGCGAAUUCCAGUGGAUUUUGGUUGAUUUUUUCCUGGAUGUUCUUAAAGAAAAUAUUAUAAGUUUUACUAAUAUAUAUGUAAUCACUUUAGAUAUUUUUAGUAUUUUUUUGGAAGAUUUUUCUAAUUUUUUCAAAAUAUUUACAAGAAUUUUCUUGCCAAGUUUGGGGGAUUUUUAAAAAUAAAUAAAUAAAUAAAACUUUGAAGGGAAACUUUUAAGGAAUUAUUGGAAUUUUCUGAAGGUUUUGCAAAUUUUCAGAAAAUUGGAGAAUUUUUUUGCAGAAUUUUUUCAGACAAGGAAACAAUAUUUCUUGGUGCCCUUAAAUGAAGACAACAGGAGGGUUAAGAUUCAUUAAACUCCACCUACGUACUUUAGCUCCAUGGACAUUUUUAAGGUGGUUUAAAAUGUUCUGAGAUGAGAAACUGAAUGUUAUUUACAUGAAAACACUAAAAGGGAAACUUUUUUAUUCACAUAGAAAUGUUUAAAGUCACUGAAAUGUGGUUUUGGGAAACGCUGAGAGAGAUUUACUAAAGAGAUGACAAAGGAGAGUCGAGUUUUUCAUUUCACUGUGACUUUAAGAAUAUUUAGAGAUGUAUUUUAAAAUGUAAAUGAAAUAAAUUACAAAUUACAAAUGUAAAUGCAAACAUUAAUUCUAAAAUAUAUGUUGAGACGUAAAAACCU